AUGAAGGCCACUUUCUUCUCCCUCUUCGCCCUCGCCGCGUCGGCCAUCGCUUCUCCUAUUGCCCAGCCCGCUGGUGUCAACCCUACUCCCGAAAUCCAGGGGGUUCGCGGCGCUGUUAAGGCCCUCGAGAACAUCCUCGCGAUCGUUGUUACGAUCCCAGUUCUUACGUCACGUGUACCCCACAAAAACUCAUGCAAGGCGUCAGCCGCAAGAAACCCACCUACCCUACGACAACCAAUGAGCAACCCCAUGUUGGAACGACGGAUGUAG